AUGGCUAUAUGUGGAAUUUGCAAUGUUAAUGAAUCAAAAUACAAAUGUCCUAAAUGUAAUGUGAAUUACUGUUCUAUUGGUUGCUUCAAAGACCCUGUUCAUAUUCAUGAACGUAUAGACGAAACGGAUAAGGCAGACGAAGAAAAUAAGGAAGUAUUACUGACGGAUGAAUCGGCAAGUAAGUUUGACAAGUUAAUAAACGAUUCGCAGAUUCAGUCGAUGCUCAAGUUCAAGUCGCUUCAAUUUCAUUUGUCGGUUAUUUUAAAGAUUAUUAAUGAUGCUUCGAUUACUGGUGAGUCUGUUCUAGAGAACAGGAAGGAAAUUGCUAACCUCAAGUUGACAAACUUGAGAAGCGGUGGAUUGGAGCAAAACGAGUUGGUAGAGGAUUUUGUAGAAAGGGUAUUAUUUUUGUUGAAUGAGGGCUGA